ACUAAUCGCCAUUUCCAACUUUAGAUAAAGUUCAAAGCUUUCUUUUCAUUCGAUUACACUUUCGUGUUUGCUAGCGUCAACAAGUAUGGCAGAUCAGUACCCGAAAGAGAGUCAGACGCAAUCAAAGGGAGCAGAAGAAGAAGCUCAAGGUUGCGGGAUAUUUGAUUUCUUGAAGAAGAAGGACAGUGAAGAGAAACCCCACGAGGAGCAAGAGCAGCAGAAGCACACUACUAUAGCUGAAAAGCUCCACCACCAUGGCGGUGACUAGCUCGUCUAGCAGUGACGGAGAAGGUGGAGAGAAUAAAAAGAAGGGACUUAAGGGUAAGAUGAAGGAGAAGGUAUCAGGCAACAAGGAAGAGGGAGAUGCUUACCAUGCAUCCGUUCCAGCAAAGAACGGACACAGUGAUGAGAAGGGAUUUGUAGAGAAAAUUAAAGACAAGCUUCCGGGACAGCACAAGGAGGCCGAACAUCUUGCUGAGGAGAAAGGAUUUGUAGAGAAAAUCAAGGACAAGCUUCCGGGACAGCACAAAGUGGCUGAGCAUGGUGCUAGGGAGAAGGGAUUUGUCGAGAAGAUCAAAGAAAAGCUUCCGGGACAGCACAAGGAGGCUGGAAAUGGUGCUCAUGCGGAGUAUCACGCUCCGGAUGGGCAUUCCCACGACAGCGAGCCAAAGAAAGGGGUCUUGGAAAAGAUUAAGGACAAGCUCCCUGGGGGUCACAAGAAUGAAGAGAAGAAGCACAAGGAGUAUUAGCAUGCAUCAUGCAGCCAAUUAAAGAUGCAGUAGCUUUGAUGUUUGCCUGUAAUGUGUUUGUUUUAGGGUUUUAGGGUCUUCUGUACUUGUACAAGUGUUUGCUUGUUUUGUCUUCUGUUUUUAGGGAUUUUGUACUUGUAUGUUUACUUGUAAUGUGUUUUAUAUUUAUGAUCCUUCA